AUGAGUACUGAUGUAGCACAAUUAGCUGUUUUGUUAGUUAUUGCAAGAUAUAUAAAAAAAAGAAAGCGAAAAAGGUCUUUUGUUCUGCCAUCCUCUGACUGGACGCACAACAGGUGCAGAUAUUUUUCAUGUUAUUGAUUCUUACUUCGCCGAAAAAAAAAUAAAGUGGUCACAAUGCUGUGGUUUAAGUACUGAUGGUGGAACGUUUAUGUCAGGUUGUUACUCUGGUCUUGCGUGUGUUAAGGCAGUAUCCCCACUAAUAAAGUGGACUCAUUUUUUUAUCCAUAGACAAGCUCUUGCAUCGAAACCUCUUCCUGCAGAUUUGAAGGACGUUCUGGACGAUUCUUGUAAAGUGGUCAAUUUCAUCAAGUCUCGCCACACGAACUCCAGAAUAUUUUCAUUAUUGUGUGAAGACAUGGGAAGUCUUCACAAAACCCUCCUUCUUCAUACUGGGGUUCGAUGGUUAUCACGAGGUAAAGUCCUUACUCGUUUGUUUGAACUUAGGCAUGAAGUUCAAAUGUUUUUUAAAGACCACCCUUUUCGACUGUCAUCAAAAUUUAACGACCAUGAAUGGCUUCAAAAACUAGGAUACUUAUCCGAUGUUUUUUUUGAAAUUAAACAAUCUAAAUUUGACUCUUCAAAACAGUGCAGUGAUAAUAUUCCAAAUUAA